AUGGCUAAUUUUACAUCUGGACGCCGAAAUCCACAUUAUUUAGUAGGUAUCGAGAAGGACCCAGGAAGAAUUCUAGAGCCUAUCGUUGGUUAUGCUUCUGAGCCGCUUCUCUCUCUAGAGGAAGCUUGCGAACCGCUAUUGCCGAUCGUUGUUAAUCUAUCGGCUUACAUUCGUAUUGCUAAAGAAGAAUCAAAAGACCCUGCCGAUGAUCUCACCCACGACGAGUCAGCCGCCAUUCGUCUCUACACUUUUGAAUGGGACUCUAACGAUCCUUGUGCAAGUCUUUAUUUACGUCUCAAUGCAAUACUUAAACAGCCCGAUCGAACUCAACUUAGACCAUGGUUUCGAUACCUUAAAUUACUUUUCACUGCCUUGGCCAAACUUCCACCAACGCCUGGUAAAAUUGUGUGGCGAGGGGUUCACACAGAUCGAAGUAAUGCAUAUCCACAAGGCGCUGAAGCCACAUGGUGGGGAUUUUCAUCGUGCACAACAUCGUUGAGUGUUCUCGAGUCAGAUUUGUACUUGGGCAAAGUUGGAACGCGAACUCUAUUUUCUAUUGAAACACUCAACGGACGAACUAUACGAAAUCAUUCGCAUUUUCCAACUGAAGAUGAGAUAUUGCUAUUACCGGGCACGCAUUUUGAAGUGUUGUCACAUUUGAAUCCGGCCACCGAUCUCUUCAUUGUUCAUUUGAAGCAAAAACAACCUAGGCAUGAACUGCUUGAGCCCCCAUUUGAAGCGUGUACUACACGAUUUCUAACUCAACCCAAAAAUAACACUAGUUAUUUUCCAUAUUCAGUGACAACAGGUGAUCUCAAUGGUGAUAACAUAACUGAUUUGGCUGUUGCAAAUUAUGGUUCUAACACCGUCAGUAUAUUCCUCGGCAACGGCAACGGAACAUUUCAAACUCAAGUCACAUAUCAAACAGGGAAUUCUCCAGCUUCUGUGACAACAGAUGAUUUCAAUGGUGAUAACAUAACUGAUUUGGCUGUUGCAAAUUAUGGCUCUAACACCGUCAGUAUAUUCCUCGGUAACGGCAACGGAACAUUUCAAAGUCAAGUCACAUAUAAAACAGGGGAUUCUCCAAUUUCUGUGACAACAGGUGAUUUCAACGCUGAUAACAGAACCGAUUUGGCUGUUGCAAAUUACUAUGAUAAUACCGUCAGUAUAUUGGUAUCUAACGGCAACGGAACAUUUCAAAGUCAAGUCACAUAUGAAACCGGGAAUUAUCCAGCUUAUGUGACAACAGGUGAUUUCAAUGGUGAUAAGAUAACUGAUUUGGCUGUUGCGAAUAACGGUAAUAACUCCGUUAGUAUAUUGCUAUGUAACGGCGAUGGAAUAUUUCAAAGUCAAGUCACAUAUAAAACAGGGAAUUCUCCAUUUUCUGUCACAGCAGGUGAUUUCAAUGAUGAUAAGAGAACUGAUUUGGCUGUUGCAAAUUAUGGCUCUAACACCGUCAGUAUAUUCCUCGGUAACGGCAACGGAACAUUUCAAAGGCAAGUCACAUAUAAAACAGGGAAUUCUCCAAUUUCUGUGACAACAGGUGAUUUCAACGCUGAUAACAGAACCGAUUUGGCUGUUGCAAAUUACUAUGAUAAUACCAUCAGUAUAUUGGUAUCUAACGGCAACAGAACAUUUCAAAGUCAAAUAACAUCUAAAAGUGGGAUUAAUCCAAAUUCUAUCACAACAGGUGAUUUCAAUGGCGAUAACAUAACUGAUUUGACUGUUGCAAAUUAUGGUUCUAACACCGUCAGUAUAUUCCUCGGUAACGGCAACGGAACAUUUCAAAGUCAAGUCACAUAUGGAACGGGGAAUUAUCCAACCUUUGUGACAACAGGUGAUUUCAAUGAUGAUAAGAGAACUGAUUUGGCUGUCGCAAAUGGUGGCACUAACACCGUCAGUAUAUUCCUCGGUAACGGUAACGGAACGUUUCAAAGUCAAGUCGCAUAUGGAACGGAGAAUUAUCCAGUUUCUGUGGCAACAGGUGAUUUCAACGGUGAUAACAGAACUGAUUUGGCUGUCGCAAAUAGUGCCACUGACACCGUCAGUAUAUUGCUCGGUAACGGCGACGGAACAUUUCAAAGGCAAGUCGCAUAUGGAACGGAGAAUUUUCCAUUUUCUGUCACAACAGGUGAUUUCAACGGUGAUAACAUAACUGAUUUGACUAUUGCAAAUUAUGGUUCUAAUACCGUCAGUAUACUCCUCGGUAACGUCAACGGAACAUUUCAAAGUCAAAUAACGUCUAAAAGUGGGAAUAAUCCAAAUUCUGUCACAACAGGUGAUUUCAACGAUGAUAACAUAACUGAUUUGGCUGUUGCAAAUUAUGGUUCUAACACCGUCAGUAUAUUCCUCGGUAACGGCAACGGAACAUUUCAAAGUCAAGUCACAUGUAGAACUGGGAAUUAUCCAUAUUUUGUCACAACAGGUGAUUUCAAUGGUGAUAACAUAACUGAUUUGGCUGUUGCGAAUUACGGUGAUAACUCCGUUAGUAUAUUGCUUUGUAACGGCGAUGGAACUUUUCAGGGUCAAGUGCCAUAUGGAACAGGGAAUUCUCCAUUUUCUAUCACAACAGGUGAUUUCAACGGUGAUAACAGAACUGACUUGGGCGUUGCAAAUAACGGUGAUAACACAGUCAGUAUAUUGGUUGGUAGGGGCGACGGAACAUUUUCGAGUCAAGUCGCUCUUGAAACUGGGAGUAACCCAGUUUCUGUGACAAGAGGUGAUUUCAGUGGUGAUGGCAGAAAUAAUUUAGCUGUUGCAGAUAACGGUGAUAACAGCGUCGUUAUAUUUCUUGGAACGUGUGUCUAA